AUGAUCAAUUGGGAAGCACUGUUAACAGAUAUUUCUCCUGAGAAAUCGCCUUCAGUAGACAAAUUAACUGUUUCCCCGAUAGCCCAAUCUGCUCCUUCUGAUUCGUUCACUUUGUCAGUCAUCGCAAAAUCUUCAACACCACCUACAAGUGAACUUCGAUUUCAAACUGCCACUAUUCAUGAAGCUAAUGUGGAAUUUGUUGGAUUGUUACCAAGUGAAGAGGUAGAAACAGCAACAGCACAAGCUACAACAUUGACAGAAACAGAUGUUGGCUGUGAAACUUGUCAUGUAAUUACGUCAUCAUUAGUAGAAAAUAUCAAAGGAUGGUCAAUGGAUAAUAGUGACCAGAAGGAAAAUAUACAUUUUUGGAAUACCUCAAUUGGACGUUUUCGCUUCACAUUGGCUGACUUGCCUCCACAACUUUGUUUAAUUCAUUCUAUUCUAACAAAUUUGGAAUCUGAACGUGAACCAGAUGUACAUUAUUCCAUGUUGAAAAUUUUGAAACUCUUAUGUCUUCAUAGUGAAUCUUUACUAAAUGCACGUCGUGAACAUCGUGGAUAUCUCAUCUGGGCACAAGAAAAUUUGCUUAUCCCAAAAUUGUGGCAUUUCCUUCGAUCAGACCGAUCACAAAUUGCUGAAAUAGUAAUUCCAUUAAUUAUGCACUGUAUCACUUUACCAAGUGGAGAGGAGAUGUUCUGGAAAGUUGUGAACGCGCAAUUUACUGACCAACGGUGGGAAGAACGAUUUUCAGCCGUAGAACGAGUGAGUGUUCUCUUGGAAUUAGCAGAUUCUGCACCUGUCAGUUCAAAUAAAGUAAUUCAAACAAGUUUAAGUUGCUGUGUAGCUCAUCUAAUCGCAUCUGUUGAUGAUCCCACUGCUGCUGUAGCUCAGAGGGCAUUAAUUUCUAUCCAACAUAUGCCAUCUACAUCCUUAAAGUUGAUGUGUAUUUGUUUGGAAUCACAGUUUGAUAGUUCAAUGUUGGAUCGCGCGCUGAUUAUCAUCCGAAUUCAGCAACUAAUAUCAAUUUUGCCAGAUCAAGAAAUUCUCACGUGGGAAUUUUUUAUUCAGCGCUUCGAAGGACUCGCAAUGGAAAGUCAGUUGCGUAUGAACGAUGGAGAUUCUACUUUUGUACACGAUUUGAUGCACUCUGACCCGUUAAGUGAUCUUUAUCAACGUAAAUUGGCUCGCGCGCGUCAAACCAUCGAGAACAGUGCUAACGCUCGAUCCAUUGUACGCAGUUUGCAAGGCAAUCCUCUUCAACAUCUACUCAGCACGACGUCAUGUCAACUAUCAACUGGAGAAGUUAAAAAAACGCCACAGAGUCCAUCAUACGGUGAAGAUAGUGGACCAUAUAGUCGCUUGCGAGAAUUCGCAGAUGAAGAAAGUAAUAUGUGUUUAUUAAUGAACAGAGUAGUGGAUAUUGAUAAUUCGGAACGUCAUAUUGUAUACUUGACAGUUUCACUUUUUGUAUCAUUUUUAUGUAAGCAUAAGAAAAGUUGCGAUGAAAAAGCUGCUGCUAAAAAGCAGAGUAUACUUUUUCGUCACUUUAAUGCUUUAAUUGGAUAUAGCAAUGCUGAAAAAUGCUUUACAAUACCUCCAAAAGUAUUACGAAAAUCUGCUGUCUGUAAUAGCUUUCUAUGUGGCUUGCCAAAAGUUUUGGAUUGCAAUUUGGUUAUCGGAAAUCAAAUUAUGAUGCUGAGCUUGCAACUUCUUCUUCACUUGCCAUCUCCUCAAAAACUUGCUAGCGAUCAAGAAGUUAUGGAAUAUUCGCUUGCAUUAUUAGAUAUGAAUUCUCGGCAUUUUUGGUUCUAUACUGUUAUACUUAUACUUUACAAGUAUCGAUAUGAUGCACCACCCUUUAAUGAAUACAUUCAAAAACUUAUUUUGAUAAUAAUUUGCACUCUCGAAGCUGAGGUUCAUAUUUGCAAUCCCAAAGCAUCGAUAAAAAUUGAAAUGGAAGCAUUAUCAGACAGAAGUUCAGAUGACGAAGAAACAGAAAAUGAAACUUCUGGUGUUAGUAGUGGUGAGAAGCUAUUGCAUCGGCCCGAAACACUUUCUGUUGCUUCACAAAGUAUUACUGUGGUUGAAGUAAGUGAAAGCAAGUUAGAAGCUAUCAAAGAAGAAGGCACUGAGUUUAGCAAGAAGCACAAAAAACGAUCUAGGCAUCGUUUUCGGAAAGUGGGAAAUACUGUAAAUGUUGAUCGUAGUACUUACCGAUGUGGCUACUGUAAUGCUGUUAUUAAAAGUUUUGAUGAAGAAACGUUGUCAUUAUGCAUGAUUGCUUUAGAAACAUUUGUUCAUCGAGAACCUGCCAUGGCAGCACCUUUACUUUUCCGUAUUAUCAGUACUGUUGUAAGAUUAAUUGAAAAGCCGAUAUAUCCCUGGCAUGAUACUCUGAUAUUCGUUGCUGGAAAUUGUCGCAGCGUUGCGAAGCAAUUACUUCGUGUUUUACUUCAUCAAAUGUCAUCAAGUGGAAUAUUUCUUCAACUCUUUGAUACAAAUAUCGAUAGGGUCGAUCAGUUCUGGUCUACCAUAUCAUUUGCUCUAUCAGAUUUUCCAGAAUUAAAUCCUGUUGCUGUGAUUCAGAAUUUGCUUGAAGAUAUUUUGGAGAAUUGGCCCAGUCGAUUAGCUCGGAUUCUUUUUAACCUUUCCAGAUAUGUUGGAUAUGUUGCUUCCGAUGCAUAUUUGUCACAUUGGAAUGUUAUACAAUCACAAACUGAUCGAACUGCAAUUCGUACUGAAUUUAAAAGUUGUAUUAGUAUAAUGGUGGCUGUUUUACGAGUACAAAGCUUUUCUACAUUUAAGAGCUCAACAUCGUUAGUAGAAGCAUUUUCUAAAUGGCUUACAGAAGGUCUGCAUGAAUGCAAAGCUGACUUGAUUGAUCUUUUAACCAUUUGCACAGCCUGUAAUCGAGCUUUGCUAAAAGAUCGAGACAGGCAGUAUAUAACGAAAGCUGUGGUUUCGGAGUUCGUACAAGCGUUAAAAUUUAAAUGUGAUAUGAAUGAGCAUAAUUACAUGAUAAUCAUAGAUUUAAUCUUACAAGAUGUAGGUGAAGAAGUUUCAGAGGAAAUCGUUCAUGAUCAGUACAGUACAGCAGCUUGUGAUGCAGUCCGGCCGCACAUAUUUGAUUUUUUGGAUUUUAUAUCUGAUUUACAUGUGCUCACUGAGAUUAAAAAAAUAACCAAUUCUGAUAGCAUUGGUGGUGAUAUCAAAUCUUCUGUAGCACAAAUUGUUGGUGUUGAAAUAAGUCGUUCGAACAAACGUGACUCUCGAACUGUGAGCCGUUUCUUGCCAUGGCUAAUGUCACCUCCAUCUGUAACACAGUCUACUCCAAAUGCAUUUGCUGAAGCGGUAACAAACGUGAGAUUACUUUCUUGGUUGUUACUUGGAGCACUUCAAGCUAGUCAACCAUGUCUUCCAGUACCAAUCAGUUGUUCGCAAUAUAUGGCUGAUUACAUACACUUUGUAUUAGCUGGUUUCGCAGACCAGUCUAAGGAAUCAGUUGUUCAUAUGUCAGCUCUAUUCCAUGCUUUCCAUCUGUGCCAACUUUGGACUGUUUAUUGUGAACAAGCUGCAUUAACAUCAGAUGAACUUCAACUCACUUCACUCACAAAUAUUCUCGACUUCUGGGCUCGAGUAACACCAGCUAUUCUGCAACUUUUAUCACAUUCGAAAGUGCUAGCCGAUAUGGUUAAUCUCCAUUUUCUGAAUACAAUGCAAGCUUUGCAACAAUGCAAUUCAGCUGUGCUUUGCCAGUUAAGUGCAAUGUGGCAACCAAUUCUCACAACGUAUCACGCCCAGAUUCCUAGUCAGCUACGGAUGAAAUUAGAUUCUUGUGAAAAUCAGCCUUCACUGAAUUCGCAGCCAUUGCAGCAGUGGCUUCGGAAAGUGCGCUAUAAAAUAUCACAAAUCGAAUUGCAAACCUCUGCUGCCUCGCCAUUUUAUAAUGAAUUAAAAGAUGAAUGGAUACACAGAACAUUGCAAACAACAAAAAUGAGUAUCAGAAAGCAAUGA